UGUUAAGUAAUUUGCAUGAGUCCCAGAUUCUCUCCAUCUGUUAUUGUUGUCUUCAGGUUGAAUGAGUCGAUGCCCCUCCUAACGAAGCAGUUGCAGCACCUUUGGGGCGUCCACCUGAUCCGCAUCCUCUUCAGCGACGUCCUCAGCAAGAAACUCCAGGAAAACCAAGAUGGCGCCCGAACGCAAGCCCAGGCCGCUUCCCCGCAGAACAGCCUCCCCAUGAAAAACCUCUUCAAGCGGGCCUUCCAGAAGUCGGCCUCCGUCCGCCACAUCCUGAAGCCCGUGGGCGGGAAGCGGGUGGACUCGGCCGAAGUCCAGAAGGUCUGCAGCAUCUGCGUCCUCUACCAGAUGGCCCUCACCACCCUCACCCAGAUCCGACUCCAGAUCCUGACCGGCCUGACGUACCUGGACGACCUCCUCCCGAAGCUGUGGGCCUUCAUCUGCGAGCUGGGUCCCCAGGGUGGGCUGAAGCUCUUCCUGGAGUGCCUCAACAACGACACCGAGGAGUCCCAGCGCCUCCUGGCCAUGCUCACCCUCUUCUGCGACUGCUCACGGCACCUCAUCACGAUCCUGGACGACAUUGAGGUGUACGAGGAGCAGGUCUCCUUCAAGCUGGAAGAGCUGGUGACCAUCUCCUCCUUCCUCAACUCCUUCGUCUUCAAGAUGAUCUGGGACGGCAUCGUGGAGAGCGCCAAAGGGGAGACCCUGGAGCUCUUCCACUCGGUCCACGGGUGGCUGAUGGUCCUCUACGAGCGGGACUGCCGGAGACGCUUCGCCCCGGACGACCACUGGCUGCGCAAGGACCUGAAGCCGUGCCUGCUGUUCCAGGAGCUGGAGAAGGACCGGAAGCGGGCGCAGCUGGUCCUCCAGUACAUCCCCCACGUCAUCCCCCACAAGAACAGGGUCCUCCUCUUCCGGAACAUGGUGGCCAAGGAGAAGGAGAAGCUCGGAUUGGUCGAGACAAGCUCCGCCUCCCCACACGUCACUCACAUCACCAUCCGCCGGUCGCGCAUGCUCGAGGACGGCUACGAGCAGCUGCGUCAGUUGUCUCAGAACGCCAUGAAGGGGGUCAUCCGGGUCAAGUUCGUGAACGACCUCGGGGUCGACGAGGCCGGCAUCGACCAAGAUGGCGUCUUCAAGGAGUUCCUGGAGGAGAUCAUCAAGAAGGUCUUCGACCCCGCUCUCAACCUCUUCAAGACCACGAGUGGGGACGAGCGGUUGUAUCCAUCCCCAACGUCGUACAUCCACGAGAAUUACCUACAACUCUUUGAAUUCGUCGGAAAAAUGCUCGGGAAGGCUGUCUACGAGGGGAUCGUGGUGGACGUCCCGUUUGCGUCGUUCUUCCUGAGCCAGGUUCUGGGCCACCACCACAGCCUCUUCUACAGCUCCGUCGACGAGCUCCCCUCACUCGACUCCGAGUUCUACAAGAACCUCACCUCCAUCAAGCGUUAUGACGGUGAUGUCAGCGACUUGGGCCUGACGCUCUCUUAUGACGAAGACGUCAUGGGACAGCUUGUUUGCCACGAACUCGUUCCGGGCGGGAAGACCAUCCCUGUCACGAACGAGAACAAGAUCAGCUACAUCCACCUGAUGGCGCACUUCCGGAUGCACACGCAGAUCAAGAGCCAGGCCGCCGCCUUCAUCGGGGGCUUCCGCUCCAUCAUCCGCCCCGACUGGAUCCGCGUCUUCUCCGCCCCGGAGCUCCAGAGGCUCAUCUCCGGGGACAACGCCCAGAUCGACCUCGAGGACCUCAAGAAGCACACGGUGUACUACGGGGGUUUCCACGGGAGCCACCGGGUGAUCCUGUGGUUGUGGGACAUCCUGGCCAACGACUUCUCUCCCGACGAAAGAGCCAUGUUCCUCAAGUUUGUGACCAGUUGCUCCCGCCCUCCGCUACUGGGAUUUGCCUACCUCAAGCCCCCGUUCUCCAUCCGCUGCGUUGAAGUUUCGGACGAUCAGGACACGGGGGACACGCUGGGGAGCGUGCUGCGGGGCUUCUUUGCGAUCCGGAAGCGGGAGCCGGGGGGCCGCCUGCCCACCUCCUCCACCUGCUUCAACCUCCUCAAGCUCCCCAACUACGCCAAGAAGGCCCUGCUCCGCGAGAAACUCCGCUACGCCCUCGCCAUGAACACCGGGUUCGAGCUCUCCUGAGACACCCGACACCACCACCACGGACACCACGGUCUCCUCCUCCUCUCAUUAAACACCCACGACUCCG